AUGGACAAAGUGCCUGCGACUUCCGAGACUUCUCCUAAGUAUAAAUACAUUGGAAAUUGCGAACGGCUAGAGCGGUACUGUCCUGGGGGUUUCUGCCCUAUAAACCUUGGAGAUCACCUCUGUGAUGGACGUUAUACCAUUAUCCACAACCUGGGAUUUGGCGGCAGUUCUACAGUAUGGCUUGCUUCCGACCACAAACAACGAAAAUUAGUUGCCAUCAAGAUAAAAACUGCAGAUUCUGCAUCAUCGCCAUCAGAGUCUCAAGAAGUAGACUUUCUAAAACGCCUUCAUUCACAUCGGUUGAUCAGGAAGCUGCUCGACAGCUUUGUUGAGAAUAGCCCCAAUGGAGCUCACGAUUGCCUUGUCAUGGAACCAGCCAGUUGUAGCUUGAUGCAUUCAAAGUCCUUGGCCGCCCAUGCACUACUGGAGCUUCGUCUUGCGCGAGCUGUUGCUGCGGAUCUUGUGUUAACCGUCCAAUUCUUACACAGCCAAGGAAUUAUCCACGGUGAUAUACACAGCGGUAACAUUUUUCUUCGACUCCCUACAGAUGUCCGCCGAAUAACGGACCCUUCGCAACUGUAUCAGAAAUUCGGUGAUCCCAUUCUGGAGCCCAUCGUCCGAGUUGACGGCAAGCCUCUCCUGGCAGGAGUUCCAAAUCACAUCGUCCGGCCUGCAAGAAUCGGCAUUCGCUCUGACAAAAUCACACCUCCCCAUCUGCCCAUCACGCUCUCUGACUUCAGCUCAAGCUACUACCCCAGCAAAACCAGACGGACCAAUGCACAUACGCUCCCCCAUCUCGUCCCGCCCGAAACCUACUUCCUUGACAGCCAAAGGGAGGACGACAUCCUCUCCUUCCCUAGUGAAAUCUGGACCCUGGGAUGCACCAUAUUCGAAAUCAUGGGCAGCUGGGGCCCUUUCAGCACCUUAGGUGGAGGAAUUCUCCAGGACCAAGUCGGUGUGCUGGGCCCGCUGCCGGACCCAUGGUGGGCGCAAUGGGAGUCCAGAGCCGAGUUCUACAAUGAGGACGCAACCAUCGACAUGACGACUGGCGCCCCUUUCCACGAUAGCCUGGAGGAGCGGUACGACUGGUUCGUCAACGUGGCUCGACGACGAUGUGACAUGGAAGCACCGGGGGAAGAGGAGAAGAAGGCCUUCUUGCAUAUGCUUGGCAUGAUGUUUCGAUACUUGCCCGGCGACAGGGCUACCAUUCAGGACGUUGUGGGGUCUGAGUGGAUGCGGAAAUGGGCGCUUCCUGCGAAGCGGGAGGUGGAGGGCCUGAGGUAG